AUGGCAUACUCUAGCGCAGUGUUGGUGUUGAUGUUCGCUAUGGUGGUCGGAGCUGUAUUCGCUCAGGCUCCGGGUGCAUCACCGGCGAAGUCUCCAGUAGCAUCGCCUCCGAAGGCGGUGGCGACUCCUUCUCCAACUCCGUCUCCCUCCAUGAAGCCACCGACCUCCGCUCCUACUUCCGCCCCUACCACCGCACCACCGACCUCUGCUCCAGUUGCUCCUCGCAUCGCUCCCGCCUCCGCUCCUUCCGGCAGCGCUGUUCCUCCAUCCACGAUCUCAGCUCCCGGCCAGUCUCCUUCGUCUACUCCUUCUAGCACCGCCGCUUUGAACAGAGUCACUCUCAUCGGAUCCGCUGCGGGUGUUUACACUCCACAAAGUCAGUCUCGACCUCCUUUUGCCAUUGGUAAUAUUUCUAGUCAGGAUGGUUCUUUUUCUACUUAUCAAGGUCAAUCUCAACCUUCUUCCGACAUGGGUAAUCAUUCGAUACAGGGUGUUUACACUCCACAAGGUCAAUCUCGACCCCCUUCUGGCAUGGGUCGUAGUAAUUACGUUCAGAUAAUAUUUCAUAUUGGUCAUGGUCGCGAAUCCCAAUCUUAA